CAUACACAUGAAUAUCAUUACACGGACAGGUGUGUAUUUCCCUCCUAAAAGACGUCCAUACCAGCUACAUAAUGGAAUUAGCAUUGUUUCGUCAUCUUAAAUUGACUGUUAGACUGAUCGUUCCUUGUCUUAUUUUGUGUUUUGAGAUGUAUUAUCAGACAUUCGCAUCAUGCCCUGUUGGCUGGGAUUUCUGGAGGGGAGGUUGUUAUCAAUUCCAGGUCGACAACGGUGCUCUCCCUUGGCAAACUGGGGACGAGGUAUGCAAUGACCUCGGUGGAUGGAUGGUGGUCGUCAGGUCCGUAGAAGAAUGGGAGGUCGUCGAUAAUCUGAUCCGUCGUAACGCCACGGUUGACAAUGGAACGCUGGUCUGGAACGGUUGUCAUAGUGAUGUGAUAUUAGAGACAGUGUUUACAUGCAAUGACGGGUUUCAUAUGCAGUACGCUGACUGGGACUCCAAUGAACCUCCGAUGACGUCAUUUAAUGAAACAACCAAUAAAAAUGUAACAAUUAUCGCAGUGCAGUCUGGGAAAUGGAAAGUGACAGAUCCAAACUCAACGGGAUAUAUCGUCUGCUUCCAGCCAGCGUUCGACUCUGUCGACAGGACAACCGUCUACAGACGACACAUAACUGAUAGCCAUUGUCUGAUUGGUCAAAAUCUGGCCAAGUACUCCGGUACGACUAGAAAAGGAUGCGCAAUCUACUGUCUGCGCACGUCUGGAUGUCGUUCUUUUAACCACAAAGGUAAAUCGUGUUAUUUAAACUCCAACACAAGACACGAGGUGAAUUCUAGCUACUUCCAGUUCGUAUCCUCUUGUAAUUAUUUUGAACCAAUGAGUAUCUAUAAUCAAGAUUAAAACUUUUGGUGUUGACCUCGAAUAUUGAACCAACAAACCUUAAAAUGCUUGCUCGUGUCUUUGAAAAGAUGAAUUCUCCUGAUUAUUUCAAAAGGGCGGUAAAGUGUAAAAUACAGUUCCAGAAUUGUUUCACACCAUUAUUUUAAAUCAGAAAAAAAUGCCAUUACUUGUAUGCAUUAAAUGGGAAUGGUUAUAGUGUGGCAAACAGUAUAGGAGAGCUUUUACAAAAGAUCUUUUUAGUCAUAAAAAUAUUUGUUGAAUAAUUCCCCCAACGAUGUCUUCUCGGUAUUGUAUACGUGCCC